ACCACUUGUAGCGUGAUGAGGUCACAGGGAUUCAGUUCCUGGAUGGCGGCUCACAGCUAAUCCCACUUCCACGCCGGAUCUCUAAAUAAAGGGACGUCAACACCGGAAUGAGGAAACGUGCAAAACAAAGUUGUUGAAAGCCGUGAAAAGCUCUCAGGCUGAUGAGGCUCACUUCCACUCGCGUCCCCCUCCUGAGGUGCUCCUCGUCGCCCGCAGCCUCCAUCCAUCUCCCCCCCACGCCAUGUCUCUCCUGCUGCAGACCGUGAUCGUGUCCUCGCUGCUGCUCCACUGCGCCGAGUCGUGGGCAUCCAGCGCCAAGUACGCCGUCAACUGCCCCGACAGGUGCAACGUGGAGCUGUGUGGGCCCACGCACGGCUGCGCGCGCACGGUGCUGGACGACUGCGGCUGUUGCCAGGUGUGCGCGGCCGGCCGCGGGGAGCACUGUUACCGGACUGUGUCCGGCAUGCACGGCGUCAAGUGCGGCCCGGGUCUCUUCUGCGAGUUCUACAAGGACGAGGACGACUAUGGGGAUGAAUACGGCGUGUGCAAAGAUUGCCAUUUUGGGACUUAUGGUGUGGAGUGCCGCAAGACAUGCAGCUGCAAAGGGGGCCUGUGUGACAGGGAGACAGGCGCUUGUCUCACCCUCCGAUUCUUUGCCAAACUUGCCGGCAAGCUCAAGACGGAGCCUCAAGCAGAUGGAGACGUAGGCUCGGGAGAGGUUCAGGACUCGGAUCAAGCUGCAGAGGAUAGAUCAAGUGCUCCAAAGUGGCUCAACCCUCGCUGACAAGCUGAAUUAACUCAUUCACUCAGUGGCAAUGUAGCAUUAACUUAUAAGUCAACUGAAAGAUAUAUUUUAUUAUUAUUAUUAUUAUUAUGUUCAGAAAUGCACACUUUCUUUAUUUAUAUGCCUUUUAUUGAUUCACAGGCUAUGUUAUUCUCCAAAUUGCUUGUUCAUAAUGGAAUAAAGUGAUCCAAGUUCAAAUUCUGUCAGUUAGCGUGCCUUUAAAAGGAGAAUGUCACGGCUCUUAUUGUACCGGAUGUCAUUAAUCUCAGCUAUAUGGUAUUUGUACUGUUGAAAGAAAAUGUAUAAAAAUGUAAGAACGUGUCGUACAAUUAAACCAAAGUUAUCACGGA